AUGUCUCAGGCUGCGAAGCCUGCGGGGACAGCGGUGGCGAACCCAGGGCCUGACGGAAAGGGGAAGGGGACCCCGCCUGCAGGACCCGCCUCAGGCACCAGCCCUGCCCUGGCCCCAGCGUCGCUGCCCCUGCCCACUGCCAAGGUGGGGGAGCUGCCUCCCGUGAGCUACCGGCUGGUGGUCUACGAGCAGGAGAACUUCCAGGGCCGCUGUGUGGAGUUCUCCGGGGAGUGCCUGAACCUGGUGGACCGCGGCUUCGACCGAGUGCGCAGCCUCAUCGUCACCUCGGGGCCCUGGGUUGCCUUUGAGCAGUCCAACUUCCGGGGCGAGAUGUUCAUCCUGGAGAAGGGCCAGUACCCGCGCUGGGACACCUGGUCCAGCAGCUACCGCAGCGACCGACUCCUGUCCUUCCGGCCCGUGAAGAUGGAUGCCCAGGAGCACAAGAUCUGCCUGUUUGAAGGCGCCAACUUCAAGGGCAACACCAUGGAGAUCCAAGAGGACGACGUGCCCAGCCUCUGGGUGUACGGCUUCUCUGACCGCGUGGGCAGCGUGAGGGUCUCCAGCGGAACCUGGGUCGGCUAUCAGUAUCCUGGCUACCGUGGAUACCAGUACCUCCUGGAGCCCGGCGAAUACCGGCACUGGAACGAGUGGGGGGCCUUCCAGCCACAGAUGCAGGCCGUGCGCCGCCUGCGCGACAGGCAGUGGCACCACAAGGGCAGCUUCCCCGUCCUAGCCACCACCGAGUCCCCCAAAUGA